AUGGCGGCAACAGCAGCUUCAAGCUUGCAAAUUGCUUCAAUAAGGCCAAGCAUUUCUGCUGCCUCUUCCAAUGUUGUUAAAGCAGGGACUUACAUUGUUGGUGUCAACUCCGGAAACGCGUCGUGGGAUAAACUUACCUGCACUCGCCAUUUAUCCAACCUUGGAAGUUUGAGAAACCACAGUGCUGUUCCAACCUCUAAAAGACCCUUUUCCUUUUCUACAAAGGCCAUGGCCGAAUCAAGCGAAACCAAGGCUUCUUCUGGACUUCCCAUUGAUUUGAGAGGGAAAAGAGCUUUCAUUGCUGGUAUAGCUGAUGAUAAUGGAUAUGGUUGGGCCAUAGCCAAAUCUCUUGCUGCUGCUGGAGCUGAAAUUUUGGUUGGGACAUGGGUUCCUGCACUUAAUAUCUUCGAGACGAGCCUGAGACGUGGAAAAUUCGACCAGUCACGCGUGUUGCCAGAUGGGUCACUGAUGGAGAUUAAAAAGGUUUAUCCUCUGGAUGCUGUGUUUGACAAUCCUGAAGAUGUGCCUGAAGAUAUUAAGACGAAUAAGCGAUAUGCAGGAUCAUCAAACUGGACAGUACAGGAAGCUGCAGAAUGUGUGAGGAAAGAUUUUGGAAGCAUCGACAUUCUUGUUCACUCACUUGCAAAUGGGCCAGAGGUUAGCAAACCUCUUCUGGAGACAUCAAGGAAAGGGUAUCUCGCUGCUAUCUCUGCUUCGAGCUACUCCUUUGUCUCCCUCCUCAGGCAUUUUCUGCCAAUUAUGAACCCAGGAGGUGCUUCUAUUUCUCUUACUUACAUUGCCUCUGAAAGAAUCAUUCCCGGGUACGGUGGAGGUAUGAGUUCUGCGAAAGCCGCACUAGAGAGUGAUACACGGGUGCUUGCAUUUGAAGCUGGAAGGAAACAAAACAUUAGGGUCAACACCAUCUCUGCAGGUCCUUUGGGAAGCCGAGCAGCGAAAGCAAUUGGUUUCAUUGACACAAUGAUUGAGUAUUCAUACAACAAUGCACCUAUUCAGAAAACACUCACCGCAGAUGAAGUUGGGAAUGCAGCAGCUUUCUUGGCAUCUCCAUUGGCCUCUGCGAUAACCGGUGCAACCAUCUAUGUGGACAAUGGCUUGAAUUCAAUGGGCGUUGCACUUGACAGCCCGGUUUUCAAAGACCUUAACAAAUAG